GCAUUCUUUCAAUUGUUUAUUUGACUUUCGUUUGAUUCCAAAAGUAGUUUGUGCGUUUUAUGUAGUUUAGUUGUACAAUUUCUAGUUGUACAGUUUUUUUAAACAAAUUGUGGGACAAAUUGUGCACAUGGUAAAGAUCUUUAUCAGCAUUCUGAGCAAGCCAUGCAUCAACCAGAGCAACAGCUGUUGUCAGAGCAAAAAGAUGAGGAUGCAAAUGUAAAGAUCACAACACACCAUUUAGAUGGUGUCACAUAUAAAUAUGUGACACCGACAUCUGUAGAUGCCGGUCUUGAUUUCCUAGCCGCAAGCAUUAAAACCAAAGAUUUCAACACUGUCCGCAUUGCAAUCGCCUGCGAACAGUCGGAUGAAGCAGCCCAUCUAAUGCAGCAGUUGGGGAAACGCAGCGUCGCCAGCCUUUUGGUCAACGAGUCCAAUAUAACAACGAUAGGAACAUGCGUCGGCCUAUGGACAAGCGGCUUGAUCAAUCCCGUGCUGAUUGUAUACGAUAAUGUGCUGCAGCCACUAGCGGAGUUGGGUAAAAUCAACUGUGUGAACUACUUGAUACAUUCUUCACAGACGUUGCCACACGUGUUCCAAAAGCGCAUCCAAGCGCUUACUUCGUUCCCAGGUAACAAUACACUGGUGCUGGUCAUGAUGUGCUCAAUAGCGAACCAAACGACAAAAAAUCCGACAAGAGCGGUACCAUCUGAAGUAGCAACAAAAGCAACAUUGUGUCCAAUGCCGACUGGAAACCCCUUACCUGACCUGGGGCAAAUAGCCAAAAUCAAACCUACUGUUGUUAACGACAUAAAGGAAACAAGAAAAUUGGUCACAAGCGAACAGUUGGAGACGGGCGCUGACAAUGUCCACACAUAUAAUAACAACGGACUUCUUGCCUGCAGCCGGAAGGAACAAUCACUCUGUCGUAAAAUUGAUGAUGUGGUCGCCAUUGAGCCACAUAUAAGGAAUGCGAUGAAGAAGUUGUCCAUUGAGCACGCGAAAAACAUACAGCGCUAUGCUUGGUCACAUACUGCUGCUGGUCGCUCCCUGUGCGUCAUCGGCAAUGAGAUGAUUGGCAAAACCUGGUGCUAUUUGCCGUCGUUGUGCCAGCGGGUCUAUAAGGAGGCGUUCCGGCUUAACACUGAUGACAGCAGCAACUUUGCUCCCAGUAGCAUAAUCAUCUGUGCAAAUGCUAAACAAGGCGAGCAGAUUCAUCAGUGGUGCAUGAAACUGUUGGACUGCUGCGUUAUAAAGCUCUUCGAUCGAAGCAAUUUGAGCAUGGUCGACGCGCGUCUGAGAAGUCCCAGCGACAUCCUCAUUACCAAUGUUGAGGUGCUGUUGCAACUAAUCAAUUUGAAAUCCAUCCUUAACCCACUUGCAUUACGAUGUGUGGCCUUUGAUAAUUUUGAUUUGAUCUGGCGUUCUAGCCGAAUGGAUUGUGAAAAGGUAAUGCUUUGGCUUUUGGAUUUACUUCGCUUCGAGGCUGGCCAUGCCCAGCUGUUCAUCGUUGGGCGCCUAUGGAGCGAUAAACUGAUGCGUCGUCUACUAUCAAGAUUGCCAGAUUUGCUGCUCCUGUUCGAAGAUGCAUUGGAGGCGACGGCUUACAGUGGCAUAAAGCUGGAACUGCUGUUGACCAGCCCGAAACAUAUUGAGCAGGAUAUGCUGAAAUUGUUGCAGGCAAAGAACCUAAAAGAGGAGCGAGUGGUUCUCGUAUGCUCCGGGAAAGCAGAUGCACUCACACUACACAAACAACUCCUUGCCUCAAAUAUCGAUACUUUAGCUGUAGCCCAGUUAGGUAGUGGUGCAGAGCUACUACUUAGCAAAUGGUCAAAGGAACGCACGGCCAGUGUUCUACUUGUCGUCGAUGAUGUGCUACGCCUUUUGUGUGAUGUGAAAGUUGAUUGUUUGCUGCAUUUCAAAUUUCCAAGCUUUUGGCAACGGUUCAAGGCACGCUACACCAUCUUUUAUGGCAAUAAUCAUUCGCAACCAAACUCCGGCAAUGCCACAUCUACAAUACCCGUUUGCCUGCAGGAUGUUGAACAAAUUUGGCUAAUCUGUGAUUUUAUGUUCAAGCACGAACGAUUGCCACCCGACUUCUGGCUGUCAAUGCUGACAUCGUCUCGAAAGCAACUCGAAGAUCGGACACCGCGGCUCAAGCAGGCAGCAUGCCACCAGCUAUUGCGCUACGGUAACUGCUACCGUCACACGUGCCAGUAUCGGCAUUUCCUCUGGGAUAAUGAGCCAAGACCGCUGGAAGACUAUCCUAAAAAGAGCUUAAUAAGUUUCCAUUUGCUAAUGAGCUUUUCGCCAUCGCAACUUAGUGUACGGUCAACUAAAUUCAAGGUCACCAAAUAUUUUCUUAAUAUACCUGUUACCGAGCUGGGCGAAAGAAUUCAGUUGCACUAUGAGCAGUCGAAGAACCAACGGCGGCAUCUAGAUCCCAAGCCUGGUGACUUGUGCGUGGUGAAACAUAACAAGCUGUAUCAACGUGUGGUGGUGUUAGAAGUGGGUGAUCUAAAUCGCGUUACAAUCAAACAACUGGAUGCGGGCUCUGAUCUGGUGUUGAUAGGUAAAUCGGAUUUGCUCGAAUGCGAGGAGCAAUUUACAAACACUGCCUGGGAGGCCAACGAUCUGCGUAUCACUGGACUGACACCCUUCAAUUUGGAGCGCCUGUGGUCAGAGGAGGCAAAAAGACUGGUACGCAACCAAUUCUUCUAUCGUCAGUUGGGAAAGCCAUGUCGUGUGUUUACUGCCAUUGUCGAUUUUGGCUUUAACUCGACGAUUUUCGUGGAUAAUGUAUACGACGAGAAAGGCAAUGACUUAAAAAGUUUUGUACUUCAACACAUUCUGUCGUACAUGGAUGAGCAUGUGGAAAUGCGCUUGAAAGAAUUAAUUAACACGUGCAAACCGUUUCCUGAAAGUGCCAAAGAGCCAAGCGAUGAGGAAGAGGAGCAGCAUUCCACAUACUCGACUGCCAACUAAUUAAGAAGAUGCUCACGCAUAGAUAACAUUUUAUAUUGUACUCCUCCAAAGAUUAAGCCAAAUAUAAUUUUACUUAAGGCGACGAGGAGAUUUUUGUGAAAUACACACGCAUUAAUUCGUUCAUUGCUUUAAUAAUAA